AUGGGUUCUACACCUCUCACACUACUCCCCUUGAGGUCGCGCGAGGAGGCGCACCAACAGCGCUGGGGUCCAACCAUCCGAGGCAUGGUCGGUUCGGGCCUCGCGUGCUGCGGCUUCGUGCUGUUCCGCUGUGUCUACGGCGACGACGACGCGUGGGCGCGCUUCCUCGACACGAUGAAGCAGCGCGUGCGUGCGCACGUUCAGCGCGAUGCCGUCGCCGGCCAGACGUUUGCUCGGUAUGUGGAGCCGGCCCUGGCGUGGACCGUCAUCGAGGACGAGACGACGCUGGCCAAUGCAACCAAGGAGCAGGUGCGCAAGCGGUUUGUCGCGUGGCGCGACGAGCAGUUGCGGGACACGGCCUGGCACGUGUCGGUCGCGCAGGCCGGCUUUUACAAGGAUCUGCCACGGUUCAACUACUGUCUUUGCGUCGACCAGGCGUGCCUGGACAGUUUGGGAGCGUAUCGGACGGUGGAGGACCAGCUGGGCGUCUACGAAGCCGGGCCGCCGGCGACGGUGGCCCUCGUUGCGGCGCCGUGGGCGAGGCCAUUUGCGCCGCUGGCCGAUUUGCAGAAGCAGGACAAGUGGCUGGGCUGGGGGACCUUGUCGUCUCGCGGCCAGCCAUCCGAUGACGACGAGGACGACGAGGACGACGAGGAAGAAGUGGCAGAGGACGAGCUUCCACCCAUCGAGUCGUCCACAUCCUUUCGGCGGCCAGCAUUGGACAACCUGUAG